CCUUCACUCUGCACUGUAAAGAUGGCGCCUGAAGCUAAGAAGUCUAAAACCAACAUUUAUGAGGGCCUCAUUCUUGGAAUGGGAAAUCCACUUUUAGACAUAUCUGCACCUGUAGAUAGCAAGUUGCUUCAAAAGUAUGACCUUGAGGCCAAUAAUGCUAUAUUAGCAGAUGAAAAGCAUUUACCAAUAUAUCAAGAGUUAAUUGACCAUUAUAAGUUUGAUUAUCUCCCUGGUGGAGCCACUCAAAACAGUAUGCGUGUGCUACAGUGGUUUUUUGAAGAUAAAGCUACAGCAUAUAUGGGUUGUAUUGGUCAAGAUGAGUAUGGCAAAACUCUUACCAAGAUAAUGACUGAUGGAAGAGUACAUGUGAAUUAUCUCCAUAAACCAGAUGUACCCACCGGUACUUGUGCUGUAUGUAUUACUGACAAACAUAGGUCUUUGGUUGCAAACCUUGGUGCUGCUAAUCACUACUCCAAGGAUCACUUAGAUAAACCAGAGAACUGGAGUUUAGUGGAACAAGCCAAAUAUUUUUACAUUGCAGGGUUUUUCUUGACUGUAUCUCCUGAAUCCAUAGUAGCAGUGGGAAAACAUGCUGCUGAUAAUAAUAAGACCUUCAUGAUGAAUCUGUCGGCACCAUUCUUGUGUGAAUUCUUCAAGGAUCCAAUGAUGCAAGCCAUGCCAUACAUUGAUAUYUUGUUUGGAAAUGAAACAGAAUUAGCUGUUUUUGCAAAGACACACAAAUACGAGACUGAAGAUUUGAAAGAGAUAGCUAAGAAGAUUGCUACUCUUCCAAAAGCUAAUGAGAAGAAACCUCGCAUUGUAGUCAUCACUCAUGGGAAAGAACCAACAAUAGUAGUUCAAAAUGGAGAAGUAAGGGAAUUUCCAGUAAUAGCAAUAAAAGAGGACGACAUCAUUGAUACAAAUGGUGCAGGAGAUGCCUUUGUUGGAGGRUUUAUGAGCCAAUUAGUUCAAGAAAAGACAAUUGAUGAUUGUGUUCGCUGUGGCCAUUGGGCAGCCAAUUAUAUCAUUCAGCARUCUGGAGUUGUACUUACAGACAAGCCAAAUUUUAAGUAAYAAUUGARGCCAGCUCACAGUGGAUAACAUGGGAUCAAUUUUAAUAAAAAAUGUGUGAAUUUUUAUAAA